AUGGACACACAGAGCGCCAGCGUCGCGGACGCCAGGGUGAACCAGCUAUGGGAGACGCUCGACAUGCACAAACAGGGCCAGCUGGAUCUGCCAGCCCUGAAGAAGGGGCUCAAGAAGCUCGACCACCCUCUGAAAAACGCGACUCAGCUCCUGGACGAGGUGAUGAAGGCUGUCGAUACAGACGGGAACGGGCAUAUAACAUACAAUGAAUUUCGUACCUUCGUCCAUGAAACCGAAAAAGAGCUCCAUGCGCUCUUCGCAAGCAUCGACCACAAUCGCGACGGCAAAAUUUCGAGAGACGAACUGCGCACUGCGCUGAGGGGUGCUGGGCUCUCCGUUCCCAAUGCUAGCCUCGACAACUUUUUCUCAGAAGUGGAUACCAAUAGAGAUGGUACUAUCAGUUUCGAAGAAUGGCGGGACUUUCUUCUAUUUAUUCCGGCCAGCGCGCCAAAUCUUCAUGCGGUUAUGUCGUACUUUUCAGCAACGAUGAAAGUAAACCCUGAAGGGGACGUCCUCAUAAGCGACGAUACCGUCCAAGGCUUAGGUACUGCUCAACGUUUUCUUCACUUCUUCUUCGGUUCCCUCUUCCUUGUAGCCAAGUCGGCGCCAUAUGCUUCAGACUACAUUACACUUCCAGAAAUGGCAGCGCGUUCUACGCCGCAAACUACAAUUUCGCAAACCUUCCCGCCACGUCUCGACGACGACGGAGAGUUUGAUUCUCCCCUCGAAAAGACACAAAUGGAGAUCGUAGAAAGCUUCGGAACCAUGCUGAUUGCUUGUGUUCCCAAUCCAGGCUAUUUCGUGGCGGGAGGUCUUGCAGGAAUUGUUUCUCGCACCUCGACUGCGCCCCUCGACCGUUUGAAGGUUUAUCUUAUCGCCCAGACCGACGUUACCAAAGAGGCUGUCGCCGCUGUCAAACACGGCAAUAUUGUUAGAGCUGCACUGAACGCUUGGAGACCGCUUGCAACUGCCACAAAAGAGCUAUGGCAAGCUGGUGGCUUGCAAAGUCUAUACGCUGGAAACGGUCUAAACGUAGUUAAAGUUAUGCCUGAGUCGGCUAUCAAAUUCGGUUCCUACGAGGCUGCGAAACGCGCUUUUGCUAAACUUGAAGGCCACAAUGAUCCCAGUGCAAUACAUUCUUGGUCCAAGUUUGUAUCUGGUGGUCUUGCUGGAAUGGUUUCUCAAUUUGCUGUCUAUCCGGUCGAUACCCUCAAAUUUCGCAUGCAAUGCGAAACCGUAUCUGGCGGUUUACAUGGCACCAAGCUCAUCUCAGCGACGGCGAAAAAGAUGUGGCAGAGUGGUGGGUUCGGUGCAUACUACCGUGGACUACCCAUGGGUCUUUUCGGCAUAUUCCCAUACGCAGCACUCGACCUCGGCACCUUCGAGUAUCUCAAGCACGCUGUGGCAGUGCGCAAUGCAAAGAGACUUGGAUGCCACGAGCAAGACGCCGAACCAGGCGGUUUCAUGACUGCAGCCAUCGGUGGCUUCUCAGGCGCUUUCGGAGCAAGCGCUGUGUAUCCGUUGAACCUCCUUCGAACACGACUCCAAAGUCAGGGCACGGUCCUGCAUCCGAGAACGUAUACCGGCAUUAUGGAUGUCACCAGACAGACGAUCAAGGGCGAAGGAGUGAGAGGCCUGUUCAAGGGUCUGACUCCGAACCUACUAAAGGUUGUUCCCUCGGUAUCGAUCACCUACGUCGUAUACGAUAAGUCGAAGAAACUCCUCGACCUUCAGUGA